AUGAAGAAAUCCUCGAUGAAUUAUUACGACUUAUCAUCUUAUGCACCAAAAAUUUACAGAGUAACGGGCUUGAUUCGUGCGGGUCACUUGAAUUGGGAACAACGGCCGUUAUGGUAUGAUGUGUACGCGGCUAUACCUCCAUUAAGGGAACCAGUUUGGGAUGCUAAAUUUGAAAAAGAGGAUGAGCCUGUUCGCAAAAUAUUCUACGAUGAAGAUAUAAUCAGAGCGUACGUUUUUUUAAAUCAAUUCGCUUUACCUAAUUUAAAGAAGUUCAAAAUCCGCUCGCUCAUAUGUCCCUCAAAUGCAGAUAUCCUCAGAAAACGUGUUAAAAAUUCAAUUGCGUAUGCUCAAAAUUCAGUAGAGUGA